AUGCAGAUCCUGUGGUUCCUUCUAUGCCUGAUGGCAGCUCCCCUGAGUGUCCUGUCUGAGCUGACACUGCAGGAGUCGGGCCCAGGACUGGUGAAGCCCUCGCAGACCCUGUCCCUCACCUGCACCAUCUCUGGAGGCUCUGUCACAAGUGCUUAUUGGAGCUGGAUCUGCCAGCCCCCAGGGAAGGCGCUGGAGUGGAUGGGACGCAUCAGUAGUAGUGGUGGUACAACUUAUAACCCGUCCCUCAAGAGCCGCACCUCCAUCACCAGAGACACGUCCAAGAACCAGUUCUCCCUGCAGCUGAGCUCUGUGACCGCCGAGGACACAGGCGUGUAUUACUGUGCGAGAGACACAGUGACAGGAAGUCAGCGUGAAGAUCAGAAGCUCAGUCAUGUAAUGAGGUUGAAAAGUGAAGCAGAGACCUCAGAACCUCACGUGGUGCAGACCAGGGAAUCUAGGGUGUUGGGCUAUGCCCGGGCCGCCAGCCAUCUUG